AUGGAAAUUAGCUGCUGUCUUUGUCUUGAAGGUGAGCUAAUAUCAUCGAUCACAAAAGAUUGAGAUGGAUUCAGGAACUCGAAUAAUUCUCGAGGAUGAGGUUACCGGUGACGACGAUGCGAGUUCGUACAAGUGUUGUAGGGGAGACGUGCACGUUAAGGUUUGUCCUUUUGUCGUUCCAAUCUGAUUCCAAGUUUAGCGAGCUUGUUUCUACGUAUCCAUAUCGGCUCUCGUAGUCUGCCUUUUCUCGACAAUAUGCAUGUUUUUCGGAGUUUACACCGUCAAUUUAUGGCUAGAUGUUUUUCUGAUCAUUGCAAAUACGGUAUACUCAAAAAAAACUGACAAACGAGCAAAAUGGUGUUCCCAUUCAGGUUGUGGCCGUCAUCAUGAUGUUCGGCCUCUAUUAUGACAAAGCUGCGUUGCUCGUUCCGUUCAUUGUAUCCGAAGUGAGUCUCCGGAAUGUUUCUUAUGAGAAAAUUAAAAAAAUGCUUCAGAUUACGCAGUGUGUCUGCUUUUUCAUUCUCGCUAACUAUGUUCUCUACUACACAAUAGUUUUUCGACGCCAGAAGUUUUACCAGAAAUUUGGUCAGUUCCCAUCAGUUCCGUUUCAUUGUUCUUGAAAAUGAUCAUUUCAGAUCAAAUGCUGAUGGUGAUAUCAAUAUAUUUGGGAAUCAUAAUAUGCAUAGGUGCAAUAUGGGCUGCCACCAAAUGCUAUCAUUAUCUACGCCAGAAAGCCGAAGGAAUAUACCCGGAUACUGGAGAGAGAUGCAUGUGGGAGUGA